UCUGAAGAGUGACUGGUCUAUGUACAUACCUCCACUCUUCAGUAAUGAACCUGGACCCUCAGACACAAAAUGGCACACUAGUAGACACAUUGAUCUUUGUUGGAGUGUAACUUUCCUGCUGCCAUUUCCGCCCUUCGGUAAAAAUGAGCGGACCAAAGAAAAGAAAAGUGGACACUGAGUGGCGAGUGUUUAAAAAGGAGUGGACAACAAAAUAUUUUUUCACUGAAGUCCGAUCAACGGCUGUAUGUCUGAUAUGCCAAGAAACGGUUGCAGUUUUCAAAGAGUACAAUAUCAGCCGUCACUUUGCUACGAAGCAUGCUAACUACGCUAGCAAGCAGUCAGCACAAGAACGGGCGGCUACUGCUCAGAGGUUGGCGGCUCAUUUACACACUCAGCAGACAAACUGCGAUUCAAGAGUCAAGCACCAAGGCAAGUGUGUUGCUGGCAUUCAAAUUAGCAAAGGCUAGCAAGCCUUUCUCCGAAGGCGAGUUUUUGAAAGAAUGCAUGGUAGAGACAUCAGAGCUCUUGUGUCCGGAGAGCAAAGGCAAGUUUGAAACAAUCAGUUUAUCACGCAGGACAGUGACUCGCCGUGUGGAACUGCUUGACGAAGAUAUAGUCAGCGAGUUAAACAAAAAGGCGGAGUCCUUUAAGUUAUAUUCACUAGCACUGGAUGAAAGUAACGACAUAAAAGACCCUGCUCAGCUCCUAAUUUUUAUCCGAGGGAUUAAUGACAGUUUAGAGAUAACGGAGGAGCUUUUGAGCAUGGAAUCGCUGAAGGGGAAAACGCGAGGAGAGGACUUGUAUGAACAGGUGUCUGCUGUCAUCGAGAGAAUGAAGCUGCCUUGGAGUAAACUUGUCAGUGUCACCACGGAUGGAUCGCCAAAUUUAACGGGAAAAAACGUCGGGCUGCUGAAAAGAAUCCAGGAUAAAGUGAAAGAAGAAAACCCUGACCAGGAUGUUAUUUUUCUUCACUGCAUCAUUCAUCAAGAAUCUCUGUGUAAGUCUGUAUUGCAGCUUAAUCAUGUCGUGGAUCCAGUUGUAAAACUCGUUAACUUCAUACGAGCAAGGGGACUUAAUCACCAUCAGUUCAUUACGUUCCUAGAGGAAACCGAUGUGGAUCACCAGGACUUACUUUACCACUCUCGUGUCCGCUGGUUAAGUUUGGGGAAAGUGUGUCAACGAGUGUGGGAGCUCAAAGAGGAGAUUCGCUCGUUUUUGGAGCAAAUGGGGAAAUCCGACGAAUUCCCUGAGCUGAGCGACACGGACUGGCUUUGUGACUUUGCGUUUGCUGUGGACAUAUUGUCACACAUGAAUGAACGUUAAGCUGCAGGGGAAAGAUCAGUUUGUGCACGACAUGUACACAAAUGUGAGAGCCUUCAAAUCCAAGCUGAUUUUAUUCUCCAGGCAAAUGGCAAACAAAUCAUUCACUCAUUUCCCCACACUGGCCAUGCAGAAAGAGGCCAUCCGAAACGUGAAGAAAUACUGCACAUCACUGGACGACAUGCACAGAGAAUUCUGCCGUCGGUUCUCUGAUUUUGAAAAAAUUGACAAGUCACUUCAGCUGGUGUCCUGUCCCCUGUCCCAAGACCCCGAAACAGCACCGCAUGAGCUGCAAUUGGAGCUGAUCGAUCUUCAGUCUGACUCCGUCUCACAGGAGAAGUUCAAGUCUCUUAAACUGAAUGACUUUUACGCUUCACUUAACGAAGCCACGUUUCCAAACCUCCGGAGGACGGCACAGAAGAUGCUGGCAUUGUUUGGCUCGACCUACGUGUGUGAGCAGACUUUCAGCGUCAUGAACGUCAACAAAGCCCGUCACAGAUCCCGGUUAACUGACCAACACCUCAGAUCUAUCCUGAGAAUUGCCACAACAAAACUAACUCCAG